AUGGUACGUCGAUGGAUUCCUAGUGGCAGGCAUCUUCGCAAUAAUGACAACACUGGUGAUGAUGACGACAGCGAGUUCACAAACUCGAUGGAUUCUGGGAUGUCCAUACCAUCACUCAGGGACUCCAUGACCACGAGGUCAUCUCAUAACGAUCCCAUCAAGCCUGCUCUGAUGAACGAUUCCAACAAAGUCAAAAAUUUGGAGAAGGAGUUGACUAAUGCCAAAAUCAAGAUUCAAGUACUCUAUGAAUACAUUCGCAGAAUCCCUAAUAAAGACGGCAAUGCACCAUCGCUGGGCAAUGACACUGAUUUUAGAAAUUCGAUUAUCGAGGGUCUAAAUCUUGAAAUAAACAAAUUGAAACAGGAUUUAAAGGCGAAGGAAGUCGAGUACCAAGAUACGCUACAAUUCGUUCAAGAGAAUUUAGAAAAUUCGGAAAGUAUCGUGAAUACGAUCAAUCACCUAUUGUCCUUUAUAUUGACGCAUUUUAAUGAGCAAGAUGAAAAUGCCCAUCUUCUUGAUAAAGAAGAGAGGGAGACCCUGGAGGAAACUUUAGAGCUGAGCUCGGAUUAUGUUCUUGAAAAAAUGGAUACUUUGUCCAAGUUCAUCAUCCAAUUCUUGCAGGACUUUUUGCAUUCCAAAAGUCGAGCGGAAUCAAAGCAGGAUAAGGAAGAAUUUCUUUCACUGGCCCAGUCCUCACCAGCAGGAUCACAGUUAGAAAGUAGGGACUCACCAUCAAGUAAAGAGGAGAAUACUGAUGGUGGAUACCAGAAUGACGAAAUUCAUGACAGUAACAACCACAUUGAUACAGAAAAUGUAAUGGCAAACAGUACUUCCUUACCAAUUUCAGCCGUCGAGUCUCGUUUUGAGAAAACCUUAGACACUCAAUUAGAGAUUGUCAUAGAAAAUUUGCACAAAGAAUAUGAUCAAUUUAUAAAUUCCAUUAGAUUGAAAUUCGAGAAAUCGCAAAAAUUAGAAAAAAUAAUAGCGUCCAAACUAAAUGAGCAGUCUCAUCUACUAGAUUCCUUAGAAUUGGAAGAAAAUUCUAGUUCCGUUAUAGAAAAACAAGAUCAUUUGAUUUCCCAACUGAAGGAAAAGAUCGAAUCGCAAUCUGUCUUGAUAAACAAUUUGGAAAAAUUGAAGGAAGACAUCAUUAAAAUGAAACAAAAUGAAAAAGUUUUAACCAAAGAACUGGAAACUCAGACCAAAAUCAAUAAACUAAAGGAAAAUAAUUGGGACAGCUACAUCAAUGACUUGGAAAAACAAAUCAAUGACCUUCAAAUCGAUAAAUCAGAGGAAUUCCACGUAAUACAAAAUCAGUUAGACAAAUUAGACUUGGAGAAUUACCAAUUAAAAAAUCAGUUAAAUACUUUGGACAACCAAAAGUUAAUACUAUCCCAAUAUGAAAGCAAUUUUAUCAAAUUUAAUCAGAACCUUUUACUACACCUUGACAGUAUUUUCAAUAUUCUGCAGAAAAUCUUACAAGAAAGUUCUAUUGCCCAAUUUGACAGGAAAAUGAAAUCCAUAAAAUCUGUACCAAAUGCGUUGAAAAACUUGAAUUUGAUUCAGCCCAAACUAGAAUCGCUCUACACUUUUAUAGAGACUGCAUUAGAGUCCAUAAUAAACUCAUAUAUCUCUUCACUGAUUUCCAUGGAAACCCCAGAGCAGCCACAUCAACAGGGCAAUGAAUUAACGGCAACUCCAAAUAAAGAACUGACCUUACGAAUAGAGGAGUUACAAAGAAGAUGGAUAUCCGAAAGAGAAAGACGGAAGCUCGAUGCUAACGCUUCAGAAGCUCGAAUCAAGGCUUUAGAACAGGAAAAUGAGUCAUUGAGAUCGAAACUUUUCAACCUAUCAAUCAACAAUCCCUAA